AUGAAGACGAACUCGUUCCAAAAUCAUGCCCAGAUACUACUAUCGCUACUUUGCUUGUCGUCGGCAUCCGCGUUGCUGAGACACAACGUAGAAGACCUUUCCUCUGCGCCGGACACACCACCAUUGAUGCGCCGGCAGGCCGAUAAUGGGACCUUCGCGGUUACUGGAGUACAAGGUGCAGGAGUUCAACCAAGGCUAGAGAUUCGAGAGCUGGAACGGGAUGCAGACUCUUGGAAUCUGUAUGUGCUUGGCAUGCAAAGAUUUCAAGCCACGGAUCAGAGUGACAAGCUCUCUUACUAUCGACUGUGUGGAAUUCGCGGACGACCGUAUGAGGCUUGGGACGGUGUUGAAGCCACUGGCAACAGCGAAGAUGGCUAUUGUGCGCACGUGUCGAACAUUUUCCUGACAUGGCAUCGCCCAUACCUCGCCCUUUACGAACAAGUUCUUUUCGAGCAUGUCAUGGACGCUGCGAAUUCAUUUCCAACGGGGGAGGUGCGCCAACGAUACAUCUCUGCCGCACGCCGGUGGCGAAUGCCGUACUGGGACUGGGCUGUAGAGCAAGAAGAUGGAUCCAGUGUCUAUCCACAGAGCGUUUCAACUCCCGAAAUUACAGUCACUUUGCCCAAUGGCUCGGCAACUAUACGCAACCCUUUGUAUUCCUAUCGUUUCCACCCAGUGUCUGAGGAAGAUUUCUUCUUUAACCCCUUCGCCUCUUGGCUGGAGACGCUACGGAGUCCAUCAGGCUCAACCCAGAAUGCUGUCAGCCGGAAUCAAGAUAUUGGGUCACAGCUGGAUGCUAACAGAAACUCGGCCAUGAACCGUCUCUUCAAUCUAUUCGCCAACUACGAUAAUUUCACCCAGUUCAGUAAUGAGGCAUGGACAUUUGGAAAUGUCCGAAACGCAGACAGCCUUGAGGGCCUUCAUGAUGUGAUACACGGCAUGACGGGAGGCAACGGACACAUGACCUUCCUGGACUAUUCUGCCUUCGACCCGCUCUUCUUCCUCCAUCAUACGAUGAUGGAUCGCUGCUUUGCUUUAUGGCAAGUUAUGAACAUCUUCACCGGUCAGGUGGAGCCUGUGGCGGCGGUCAGUGACACGUUCACAAUCAAUGUAGGAGAAAUGGUUGAUGGAAACACUCCUCUCACCCCUUUUCACAUGGACUCCAGUGGGAAGCUGUUCACAUCAAACGAUGUCAUGGAUACUAUGUCGCUUGGCUAUACAUACCCAGAGCUCGCGAACAAUACUGGAAGAUCGACCGUCGUCGCCAAGAUCAGAGAACUUUAUGGCAGCAACGCCGUCAGUGGCGGUCCUGUGAAGCGUAAUGCACCAGCACAAAGAGUAUCGCAAGCGGCGACCAAGCAGCAAGUCCACUCGGCUCCUGGCGAGGUCGUGGAGGGUCGCCUGCAGCACUAUCUUGCCAACAUCGUAUCCACCAAAUUUGCGAUGAACAAUUCAUAUGCUAUAUAUAUAUUCCUCGGGGACGUUCAAAGCGAAGAUCCAAAGACAUGGCCUCUCUGUCCGAACAUGGUUGGCACGCACGCUGUUUUCGCUGGAUAUGCGGGAGCAGCCUCUUCUAGCAAGCGGUCCGUUGAGCACAAUUCGAUGAAAGUGACGGGAUCGAUACCGCUCACGGACGGGUUGCUCCAAAAAGUACACAACGGCGACCUGCCUGGCAUGAGUAACGCAGAGGUCGGAUCUUACCUGCGCGAAAGUCUCAAGUGGCGGGUUGCACUGAUGGAUGGCACUGCUGUCAAUGCCGAGGACGUGGCUGACCUCGCCAUCACCGUUGUGAGUGCCCAAGUCCAGCCUUCGGAAGCGGAAGACGAGUUCCCCUCCUGGCACAACUUCAAGGAGCUGAAAUCAAUUACACACGGAAGGCCAGGUGGUCAUAGAGGAUGA